AUGUCCCCCUCUUCCGCCCGCGACCGCCUCGCCUCCCUUUCAUCACAUAUCAUGGCUUCCUCCAGCUCGUCUGUCUUUACGGCGGCCACGGUCGCCGCGGCCCCCGAAGACCCGCUGUUUGGCUUGAUGAAGGCCUAUCGCGAAGACCCCUCUGAUAAGAAGGUUGAUCUGGGCAUUGGCGCCUACCGGGAUAACAACGCGAAGCCUUGGAUUCUGCCUGUUGUCAAGAAGGCUGAUAACGCCAUCCACAAUGACCCCAAUCUCAACCACGAAUACCUCUCCAUCGGCGGUCUGGCCGAGUUCACGGCGGCAGCGCAGAAGCUGAUCGCGGGCGGCGACAGCCCUGCCAUUCAAGAGAAGCGGGUCUGCUCCCUGCAAACCAUCUCCGGAACAGGCGCCGUCCACCUGGGCGGCCUCUUCCUAGCCAAGUUCCACCCCCAGAAGCCCACCAUCUACGUCUCGAACCCAACCUGGGCCAACCACAACCAGAUCUUCACCAAUGUCGGUCUCAAACUCGCCCAGUACCCGUACUUCUCCGCGCAGACGAAGGGGCUCGACAUCGACGGCAUGCUCCAGACGCUCCGAACCGCACCAACGGGAUCCGUAAUUGUGCUCCACGCCUGCGCGCACAACCCAACAGGCGUCGACCCGACGCAAGAACAGUGGCGCCAGAUCGCGGCCGUGAUGCGCGAACGCCAACACUUCCCCUUCUUCGACACUGCCUACCAGGGCUUCGCAUCAGGCGAUCUGGCCCGCGACGCCUGGGCCAUCCGCUACUUCAUCGCGCAAGGGUUCGAGCUGUGCGUCGCGCAGUCGUUCGCCAAGAACUUUGGAUUGUACGGCGAGCGCACCGGCGCGUUCCAUUUCGUGUCGGCGCCCGGUCCCGACGCCGCCACCGCCUCGUCCCACAUCGCGAGCCAGCUGGCUAUCCUGCAGCGCUCCGAGAUCUCGAAUCCGCCUGCGUACGGCGCCCGCAUUGCCGGCCGCGUCCUCAAUGACCCCGCUCUCUUUGCGGAGUGGGAGGUCGACUUGCGUACGAUGAGUGGCCGGAUCCAGGAGAUGCGGACGGGUCUGCGCGAGCGUCUUGAGGCCCGCGGGACGCCCGGUUCGUGGGACCAUAUCACGUCUCAGAUUGGCAUGUUUAGUUUUACGGGCUUGACGGAGGGCCAGGUUAAGAUCUUGCGUGACAAGUGGCAUGUGUAUAUGACUAAGAACGGCCGCAUCUCCAUGGCAGGCCUCAACACAAAUAACCUGGACUACUUCGCCGAGGCAGUCGACAGCGUCGUCCGCGAGACCUCAUAG